CGCUGGCCUUGUCAUCCAAGCUUUAAGUAGUUUGAGGAAAUUCUCAGCUUUCACACCAAUGCACGGAUGGUUUCAAGCUUUGCUGCAAGAACUUGUGAAGAAUCGAAUCCGACACCAUGUGCUCAAAGUCAGCCAUGGAUUUGGAAGAAGAUGAGGAAAUGAACUGCUGCGAAUACCUCCGGGAGGAUGGUGAAGUGCGUCAUGUCUUGCAAUGCUUUUGCGAGUGCAACGAUUUGGAUAGCCUGGCGGAUGACUGCAUCAAGUGCUGUUGCGAGGGCCAGCGGUUGCAAGGCCCCGCGCUGCGGGAGAAGCUGCGGCGCGUCUGCUGGAGCUGCGCCGAGCGCUUUCGGAUGCCGUGGCCCGGAGGCGCCGUCGAAGUGCCGUGGCCCGGCGCCUGGGCCGCGCUGCUGGUGCUCUGGGCACUCCGGAGGCUCCUGGAGCUGUCCACUUGGCUCCCCUGGGUUGCUGGUUGGCUCCUGUUGGGCUUUGGUCAUCUGCUGCUGAUCCAUUUGAUGUGCUUGGCGCUGCCGAUGAGGUCGGAAUACCUGGUGGCCUGGGUCUUCUUCUCCAUCAUGGGCCUCUAUGGGGACUAUUCACGGGAGGUUUGGCCCAAUCAAGCUCUUGGGCCUCGAGUGGCUAGCCAUUUGCUACUGCUGGAGGUUGUGGUGACCUUUGGAGCUUCUGUGGCCCUGAAGCCAAAGAAAGACGAGGAGCUCAGUGCUGGAAGCUUUCCGUGCAGAAUUUGUGGGCGAUCUAUCCAUGGACGAGAUCACCAUUGUGUUUGGAUCAACCAGUGCGUGGGGACGCAUAACCACCGGAGCUUUCUCCUCUUUUUGCUGGGCUUGACCUUGCUUUCGUGGUCCUAUGCGCGGAUGCUGCUUAUGGAGUUUGCCCGCCGUGCGAGAUUGGAGGGAUUGGGCACGAUCUGGCAGAAGCAACGCGUGCCGCCUCCUUUGGAGGGUGCCGUCUACGCUGCUGCUGGCGGCAUCUUUACAAUGGUGCUUUUGCUGGCGCAAGUCGUGUCGAUCAGCAAUUUGAAGGCAUUCAAUAGGUUCAACAGGUCUUGAGUUUUUUGAUAUGUUUGAAUAUGGCAAUUUAUUCUCGAGGUACUGGUUUGACGAAUCAACGGCGUGGAUUAAUUCGUUCACGGAAUUGGAUCCAAAAUUGGAUCCUUUGGAUUAGGAAUUGAUUUCCAACAUAUAUAUAUAUAUUCUUUGAAUAAAUCUUUC